AUGACUACUGGAGAUAUGCCACCAAAUAGUGGUCGAGAUGGUUCUUUUGUACAUGAUCCAAAGGUUGCUCAUGAAACCAGUGUUAAAGGACAAAUUAAAUUACAGUUGAAAGAUAUGACAAAUAAGACAGUUGUAAUCACCAGGUCAUUAGAAGCAAGUCAAAAAGUGAAAAAAGUGGCCCUACGUACAUUAGAUGGAACAAUAAAAAGAAAAAAUUCUUCAGGUCAGAGUACUACAUUAAGUUGUAAAUGUGGAGAUCUCGAUAGAGAGAUGAUUAGUUUAUUAGGAGUGUCUGAAGCUGUUUUGAAUAAUGUAAUAUUUUGUCAUCAAGAAGAAUCAAACUGGCCAUUGAGUGAAGGAAAGGCAGUCAAAGAAAUAUUUGAUGAAAUAUUUGCAGCAACUCGAUACAUUAAAGCUCUGAAAAGUAUUAAAGAAAUUCGAACAGAACAGUUGAAAAUUGAAUUGGAGAAUGCAAAAACAAGACUUGUUGCUACAAAAAAUAAAAUUACAGAUAUUUCUGAGAGACUUAAGCCAAUUGAAUUACAGCAAGAUUCAUUCAAUGCUAGUAAAGAAUGUGAUCGUUGGAGGAAAAUGCAAACAGAUUCAAUAGAAAAAUUAGGAAGAAUGAAUGCUGAACAUGAACAAUAUGUAGAAGCUGUUUCAAAAAGAAAUGAUUUGCUAAUUAAGUUUUGUGAAGAUUUAAACAUUUUUAUUGAUGCUUCAUUAAAAGAAAAUCUACCAGAAUAUGAAGUUACAUCUGCUCUUCAGAAAGUGAAGUUAAAGAUAAAAGAGGAAGAAGAUAAUUUACAGUCUAUAAAAGAAAAACAUGAAAAAGGGGAAAAUGAUGUACAGAAUCAAUUGGAUACUUUCAGAGAUAAAAAAACUGAAUUGGAUCAUUCUUGCAAAAUCAAUUCUGAUACAAUAGAUAACAAACUAAAGGAUAUGGAAUCAGUAGGUGUUGAAAAUUUUCGUAAAAAAAUUGAUGAGAAAAAGACAGAAAAAAAUAAUCAUGAAGUUGAGUUAAACAAGUUGAAUAAAGCAGAACAUUCAGGUACUAUUACACAUCUCUUAGGAAUGAUUCCAAGUGAAAAAAUUCAUCAACAUUUAGAAAAAUUUAUCAGUGAUUUAACAAGUGAGAUUCAAAGUAAAAAUGGAAUUAUGCAGAAGAAAAAGCUGAAUUUAUCUUCAUUAGAAACAACAAGAAAACAUCUUUUUAAAGAAUUAACAAAAAAGGAACGAGAUUUGGAAUCACGUAAGAAUCAAAUUAUAAAAUUAUGUGGUAGUGAUGAUUUUGACAGCAGCCUUGAAAUGUUGGAAAAAAAAGUUAAAGAGUUACACAAUGAAAAAGGAGCCCUAAUUGGUAGCCAGUAUAUUUUCACAACUUACAUUGAAAAACUGAAGAAUAGAUCUCCUUGUUGUCCUUUAUGUCAUAGAGGAUUUGAAGAAGAAGAACAAGCUUUGGAGUUAAUAAGUGAUCUUGAAAGAAAAAUGAAAAUGGUUCCCUCUCAAUUGGAUAUAAAAGAAACUGGUAUCAAAGAAAAUCAAUUAAAAUUGAAUGCACUGAUGGAGUUAAGGCCUGUUCGAGAAGAAAUUACAGCUACUAUAGAAUUUAUAACUACUACUUUAUGCAUACAAAUUACUUUAAUGUAUCCACAGCUCGAAGAAAUUUUAGAAAGUAAAAAUGCUGAUAAUCAGAUGGCAGUUUCUCUUCAACAACAUGCCAUUAUCUGGGAUCAGAAUUACAUAGAAAUUAAAAGGAUAGACGACAGAUUGUCGAAUUUAACUUGUCAGUUAGGUGGAGCAGAUAUGAAUCGUACUAUGCAACAAGUCACUGAUGAGCAAGAGAUGGUGAAUUUGAAACUGUAA